CCGGAAAAGUUCAACUAUGACCAGUACCGAUACCAGGUGUUUGCCAGGCCACAUAAUAUCGGCCCGCUCGACUACAGCCCAGCACACGGUAUCCCGGACAAGCAGUACGUGGAGCCGACUACCGACGUGCGGGCACUGAGGCAGACAACCUACAUCCCCGUGGUACCCCAUAAACCUGGCGGGGUCACGGAAUACACCUUUCCCAUGACCCCUCAGACCAUGAAUGACCCAGAUGUGACCACCGCCUGCUGUGUUCCAGUGAUCCCCUGCAACCCGGGCUUCCAGAACCUGACCUCGCACGUGAAAUCUGACCCCAACCACAUGUGUCAGACCUACAACAGCUGCGACCAGCCCCAGCAGGUCGGUCCUCGCAGAGUGAACAUCGACUCGGAAGUUGCUCGGACUCAAGAACUUCAAGGACAUCCAGGGCAGGCGUAUGGAAUGCCCGCUUCGGCGCCCAAUUACAUGGUGCCACCAUCCAAUCAGCCGGGCGGGUCCUGUCUAGGUCUGCCUGACACCUUCCCUGAACCGCGACAGCGAUAUGGGGCUCCCCCGCCCCCGCCGAUACACCCACCCCACUUCACCGAGGGGCCGUCCGGGGGUCAAGGCUGUAUGGUUCAUGACGCCUACACUCUGGGCCUGGAUGUCAUGCAAGACGGCGUUAAUCCCCAACACGGCCAAGGAGCUGCUUUUACCAGUGUCAAGAGUCUCCGGUACCAAGAUCGAGUUAACAGGGCAGUCACCGCAUGUUCAGAAAGUCAAGAGAACCGGAUUAGGCGCCUCAAAUCGAUGUAUGGCGCCUUCGGAUCUUACCUCAUCGCCAACCCAUAUACCCGAAGACAUCUAGAAGGGGUCAGGGACACCAUCUCUACACAAGGUAAUGGAUUCCGCUGGAGCUAUCCGAAGUUUGAAAACCAACAGUGCUACAUUGUCGAGCGGAACCCUCGUUGCUAA